UAUGAGAGAUUAUAUCUAAGUAUCCCACCAAUCUAAUCUCCAAAAAAACCCCAAAAAAGAACAAGAAAGUUUCUUGUUACAAAAAUGAGAGCUAUUCAAACUCAUGUGAUAACCUUCUGCAUGUUAGUCAUCAUCGUAACAUCAUCAACAAGAGCCCAAAAGAGUCCUCAUGUGCCUAACAACCAUGAACUUUCUAUCGCCAUCGAAGAAAUGGAGAAAGCAAAUUACUUCUCUUUUGUGAUGCUCAUCAACAUGUUACCAUCCGUAAAUCCUCGAUUCUUAGCCAAUGUCACAUUCUUGAUGCCAAAGGACAAAACCCUUUCUACAUCAAACAUUAUUAAUCAACAAGAUUCGGUUACCGAGUUCUUGCUUCGCCACUCAAUCCCUUCUUCUCUUCUUUUCGAGCACCUUAAUCUCAUCCCCAAUGGCUCCAUUGUUCCUUCCUCUUUACCACAUUACACCCUCGAGAUCUCCAAUGGUGGAAGAUCAAACUACUUUCUCAAUAACGUCAAGAUUAUAAGCCGCAACAUAUGUAGCUUAGGCUCUAUCAAAUGUCAUGGAAUCGACGGUAUACUACAAUCUCCAAGUACUGUCGACGACGAUUCUCCUCGAAAUAAUCACACAUUACCCUUCAUUUCUUGCCCUAGCAGUCACAACAAUAGUGACCAAAAUAGUCAUAACAAUAGUGAUCAAAAUAGUUCUCGUCCUGCUGAUCAUACUCUUACCGCUCCUCCUCCAGUCAGCAGUCCGAUUAGCCAGCCAAAAUCAGAUUCUCCUAGCAUCCAUGACGUGAAAAUGCUGACUUCGAUCGUUAUUCCUUUGUUUGGAUUAUUAGCGAGUUUGAUCGGCAUGUGAAGUAUAAUACUGCACAUACCACAUAUAACACUUAGUUACGUUGUGUCAUUGUGUGUAAUAGUACUCUCUUGUUAUAGUUUAUAUUUACUAUAUACAUGUAAAAGAAAAAAAACGAUGAACCUUAUUGUAACAAUCAGUUAAAUUAUGAGUUUAGUUUUUAAAUUUCCUUUAUAAUAUUUCUUUAGAGACUUUCCUCCAAAAUUAUUUGUCUGACAACCCUUUCAUUGUACUCGGCCUGGUUAGAUAUAAAUAAUAAACUUAUGCUUACAAGUUU